CCUCCGUAUUCCAUUUCAGAAAACACUGUAUUUUGGUUAAGAUGAAUGUGGAAAAACAUGUGUUGAUAUCAUUUGUCUCUUUGCUUUAGCAUUUAUCCAAUUGAUUGUGGUGAAAGCUUUGUCAUUGUUCAAUGGGUUUCUAGAAUGUUCCGUGGAUUUUUCUAACCAAUGUACUGCUGUAAAUUCUGUGGGUAUUGAAGGGUUGGAUUUGGUGCAUUUUUGGUUUUCCGUGAAGAUUCAUUUUCUCGUUUUCUGUAAUAUCGCGGUCAGGGGUUUUUCUUCUGUUGGGAACCCUUAUGCUUAAUUUCAUGUGAAAUUUCAGUAAUUAUCAAUUUUAUGGCUCUUGCACUCAAGUCAAGUUGCUUCUUGCAAUUGAAGAAACCUGAGGUCGGUUUCCAUGUUUGUUUUUCCUCUGAGAAGGCUUUAGUCUCUGUGAAGAGAUACACUCCAGUGGCUGCUAUGAGGACCAUGGAAGUUCCGGGACUCUCUGAAACAUUCACCAGACUGAAAAAAGAAGGAAAAGUGGCUUUCAUACCGUAUAUUACAGCCGGUGAUCCUGACCUUUCAACCACAGCAGAAGCACUGAAAGUGCUUGAUUCAUGCGGGUCUGACAUAAUUGAGCUAGGUGUUCCAUAUUCUGAUCCCUUGGCAGAUGGUCCUGUUAUCCAGGCUGCUGCUACAAGAUCUCUUGCAAAGGGGACCAAUUUCAAUGCAAUCAUUUCUAUGUUGAAGGAGGUUGUUCCGGAAUUGUCAUGUCCAAUUGCACUGUUCACAUAUUACAAUCCAAUACUGAAGCGUGGUACUGAUAAAUUUAUGUCUAUUGUAAGAGAAACUGGCGUACAUGGUACGAGUCAACACAAGUCUACACUGGUUACGGCUUGUCAGCUUCUUCGUUCAAAUUGGCUCGUGGUCCCAGAUGUCCCUCUGGAGGAGACGGAGACUUUAAGGGUGGAGGCUAAGAAAAAUGGAAUUGAACUGGUACUCCUCACAACACCCACCACUCCAAAAAACCGCAUGAAGGCCAUUGUUGAUGCAGCAGAAGGAUUUGUGUACCUUGUGAGUGCGGUGGGGGUCACUGGAGCCCGAUCAUCCGUUAGUGGUAAUGUUCAGUCUCUUCUGCAGGAAAUUAAAGAGGCAACAACUAAACCUGUGGCUGUUGGUUUUGGAAUAUCAAAGCCCGAGCAUGUUAAACAGGUAGCAGGAUGGGGAGCUGAUGGUGUGAUUGUUGGCAGUGCUAUGGUGAAGGUGCUUGGAGAAGCCAAAUCUCCUCAAGAGGGAUUGAAAGAGCUGGAAGCUUUUGCCCGCUCCUUAAAGGAGGCACUUCCUUAAAAAUAAGCUUUAAGAGCUCAAAAUUCUAGUAGUUAUCGUCAUUAUAUAUAUUGGAUUUGAAUAAAAAUGUGGUUCAAUUUUAUUUUUUCUGAUCAUGAUGUAGGGUAUCAGCAAAUUUUGUUCCUUUUCAAUUAUGAUGAGAUUUCGUAGUUACUGAAAUAAAUGUCCAUAUAUAAAUUUUGUCU